ACCACCACCACCAUUCAUCAUCAUCAUCAUUGGCCUCGCUGUAUCCGCUACACUUUGUGGUGUCGCAACUGAGUUUUCAACCAAAACAACAACAACUGCUGCUUCGCCUGCCUGCCAACCAAUCGCUCGCGUCUUGCUCUGUACUGCUUGACGGCGCUUGUUGCAGAACGCACACAGGACCUUUCUCGCUUGCCCUGCUACCAAUCAGAGCUCUCUGCACACACGCACACACGCGUACACAUCCCCGCAUAUACGCCUACACACAACCAUGGACACGGGCAUGGAUGUGGACACGGCUUCGUCGUCAAUGGCAGACAUCUACGGCGACAUUGCCAACUACCAGAUUGAGAAGAAGAUUGGCCGCGGGCAGUUCUCUGUGGUGUACAAGGCUCGUUGCCUCGUGAACAACCAGCUUGUCGCCUUCAAGAAAGUUCAGAUCUUUGAGAUGCUUGAUGCCAAGGCAAGACAAGACUGCAUCAGGGAAAUUGACCUGCUCAAAUCCCUUGACCACCCAAACAUUAUCAAGUAUCUCGCGUCCUUCAUUGCCAACAACGAGCUGAACAUUGUCCUUGAGCUUGCCGAUGCCGGUGACCUCUCCCGUAUGAUCAAGCACUUUAAGAAGCAACGUCGCCUCAUUCCAGAGCCCGCAAUCUGGCGCUACUUUGUGCAAAUCUGCCGUGCUCUCGAUCACAUGCACUCGCGUCGUGUCAUGCACAGAGACAUCAAGCCUGCGAACGUGUUCAUCACGGCCGACGGCACGGUCAAGCUUGGGGACCUUGGCCUCAGUCGGUACUUCAGUUCCCGCACCACUGUCGCCAUGUCGCUUGUUGGCACGCCGUACUACAUGUCACCUGAACGCAUCCGUGAGCAGCCCUACGACUUUGCAUCCGAUAUCUGGUCCCUCGGCUGCCUCCUCUACGAGAUGGCGGCGUUGCAGUCGCCGUUCUAUGGCGACCAGCUCAACCUCUACUCCCUCUGCCGCAAGAUUGACAAGUGCGCGUAUCCCCCGCUCCCCAGCGACGUCUACUCGGAGGAGUUGCGGACGCUUGUGAAGCGAUGCAUUAUUCCAGACCCGGCUGAGCGCGCGCACACCCAAGAUGUGCUUGCUGUCGCAGAACACAUGCACGCUGCUGCAUCAAGUGCAGCCGCAUAGCUAGCAUGUACUGUGUACUCUGCGUUGUGGUUUUGACAUGCUUGUGAACGUGUGUGUGUGAACGUGUAUACGUGUGCGUGUGUGUGUGUGUGUGUGUGCGUUGGUGUAUUUGUGUGUGUACGUGUGUGUUUGUUGGUGUGCGUUGUGUGCGUCUCUCUCUCUUCCUCUGUUGUGAUGUGCCAUGCACGUCUGCCCUUCUAUUCCACCCUCGCCGCCUUCCACAGGUCCUUUUUGCUUGCGUUGCUUCAUCGCUUCUGUUCUGUUUUUGCCAUGUGUUGGUUUGGAUUCAUUGCUUUCCUGUCGCCGUUGUUAC